GCGUUGGUGGUGUACUUGCAUUUCUUUGGACAGGCGAUUAAUUUGCUGGAUUCGCAGAAUUCGGAUUCGCCGAUACAUGGGCGUAGUGAUGAGCUGUUUCAUAGGUUCAAACAGCAUGCUUUAUACAUCAUAUAUAUUGCUGCUGGUGUUUUUGCUGCUGGAUGGAUAGAGGUAUCAUGCUGGAUUCUUACUGGGGAGAGGCAAACCGCAGUGAUUAGGUCAAGAUACGUCCAAGUACUGCUAAACCAGGACAUGAGCUUUUUUGAUACUUAUGGGAAUAAUGGAGAUAUUGUCAGUCAAGUUCUGAGUGAUGUCUUGCUCAUUCAAUCUGCUCUUAGUGAGAAAGUUGGUAAUUAUAUACAUAACAUGGCCACCUUUUUUGGUGGUCUUAUCAUCGGGUUGAUCAAUUGUUGGCAGAUUGCACUUUUGACUCUCGCCACUGGUCCUUUCAUUGUUGCUGCUGGAGGGAUUUCAAAUAUAUUCCUUCAUAGACUUGCAGAAAACAUCCAAGAUGCGUAUGCGGAAGCGGCUAGCAUAGCUGAACAGGCUAUCUCUUACAUUAGAACUCUGUAUGCCUUUACGAAUGAGACUUUAGCGAAAUAUUCUUAUGCUACUUCUCUUCAAGCAACGUUGCGCUAUGGGAUAUUGAUCAGUCUUGUGCAAGGGCUUGGACUUGGAUUCACAUAUGGACUCGCUAUAUGCUCUUGUGCACUACAACUUUGGGUUGGAAGGAUUCUGAUUUCACAUGGUAAAGCUAAUGGUGGUGAAAUUAUCACAGCACUAUUUGCAGUGAUUUUGAGUGGGCUUGGAUUAAAUCAAGCAGCCACAAACUUCUAUUCAUUUGAGCAAGGUAGAAUUGCUGCUUAUAGACUUUAUGAGAUGAUAAGUCGUUCAACAUCAACUGUGAAUCAGGAGGGGAAUACCUUACUUUCAGUGCAAGGGAACAUUGAAUUUCGGAAUGUAUAUUUCAGCUACCUAUCUCGACCUGAAAUCCCAAUACUAAGUGGUUUCUACCUGACUGUACCUGCUAGAAAAACUGUGGCACUUGUUGGCAGGAAUGGUUCCGGGAAAAGCAGCAUAAUUCCUCUCAUGGAGCGCUUUUAUGAUCCUACUUUGGGUGAAGUCCUUUUGGAUGGAGAGAAUAUAAAGAGCUUGAAGCUAGAAUGGUUAAGAAGCCAAAUAGGUCUGGUGACCCAAGAACCAGCAUUAUUAAGUUUGAGCAUCAGAGAUAACAUUGCUUAUGGAAGAUCUGCUACCUGGGAUCAGAUAGAAGAGGCUGCAAAAACAGCUCAUGCACAUACAUUUAUCAGCUCAUUGGAAAAAGGAUAUGAUACCCAGGUUGGCAGGGCUGGUUUAGCACUAACAGAAGAACAGAAAAUAAAGCUUUCUGUUGCUCGAGCUGUGCUUUCGAGUCCAUCUAUUCUUUUACUUGAUGAGGUCACAGGUGGGCUUGAUUUUGAGGCGGAGAAAGCUGUUCAGGAGGCACUGGAUAUACUCAUGUUGGGACGGUCAACUAUAAUUAUAGCUCGACGGCUUGGCCUUAUACGCAAUGCUGAUUAUAUAGCAGUUAUGGAGGAGGGCCAACUUGUUGAAAUGGGUACACAUGAUGAAUUGCUGACACUGGAUGGCCUUUAUGCGGAACUGCUGAGAUGCGAGGAAGCAGCAAAGCUUCCCAAAAGGACUCCGAUCAGGAGUUACAAAGAGCCAGCCGCCUUUCAGAUUGAGAAGGACUCAUCAGCGAGUCAUGGCUUUCAAGAGUCGUCAUCUCCAAAGAUGGCAAAAUCACCCUCCCUCCAGAGAACACAUGGUGCUCAUGCAUUCCGGCAGUCAGAUGCCAGUUACAACUCCUAUGAGUCACCAAAUAUUCAAAGCCCACCUUCUGAGAAAAUGGUGGAAAAUGGGAUGCCCCUGGUGGCAGCAGCAAGAGCACCAUCCAUUAAAAGGCAAGAUAGUUUUGAAAUGAGAUUGCCUGAGCUACCUAAAAUUGAUGUUCAUGCUUUACAACGGCAAACUUCAAAUAAUUCUGACCCGGAGUCACCAAUUUCACCACUUUUGACUUCUGAUCCAAAAAAUGAACGAUCUCACUCUAAAACCUUUAGCCGUCCUCUUAAUCACUUUGAUGACCUGCCUAUGGAGCAGAGAGUAGCGAAGGACUCCCAGCACCAAAAGCAACCAUCCUUCUGGAGGCUUGCACAGCUCAGUUUUGCAGAAUGGCUAUAUGCACUUCUCGGAAGUACUGGUGCUGCUAUUUUCGGUUCAUUUAAUCCACUUCUUGCUUACACUAUUGCACUUAUAAUAUCAGCAUAUUAUAGACUCGGUGUCAAGGAUAUACGUGAUGAAGUGAACAGAUGGUGUUUGAUUAUAGCAUGCAUGGGUUUUAUCACAGUGCUUGCUAAUUUUCUGCAGCAUUUCUAUUUUGGUAUAAUGGGGGAAAAGAUGACUGAGCGAGUCCGGAGGAUGAUGUUUUCAGCAAUGCUGCGUAAUGAGGUUGGAUGGUUUGAUGAAGAAGAGAACAGUGCAGACACAUUAUCCAUGCGUCUGGCAAAUGAUGCAACAUUUGUGCGUGCUGCUUUCAGCAACCGCCUUUCUAUAUUUAUACAGGAUACUGCAGCAGUUCUUGUGGCCCUUGGUAUUGGGUUGCUACUAGAAUGGCGAGUGGCACUUGUUGCAUUGGCCACAAUACCCAUUCUUACAGUUUCCGCUAUUGCACAGAAAAUGUGGCUUGCUGGGUUCUCAAGGGGCAUUCAGGAGAUGCAUAGGAAGGCCUCUUUAGUCCUCGAGGAUGCAGUUAGAAACAUCUAUACUGUUGUGGCAUUUUGUGCAGGUAACAAGGUGAUGGAACUGUAUAGAUUGCAGCUAGGGAAAAUACUCAAACAGAGCUUUAUUCAUGGAAUGGGCAUUGGUUUUGCCUUUGGCUUCUCACAAUUCCUUCUGUUUGCUUGCAAUGCUCUUUUGCUGUGGUACACUGCUGUAUCUGUAAGGCAUGGUCAUCUUACAAUAGCCACAGCGGUCAAAGAAUACAUCGUCUUCUCCUUCGCCACCUUUGCGCUUGUUGAACCUUUCGGCCUCGCCCCAUAUAUAUUGAAGCGACGCAAGUCUCUUAUUUCCGUAUUUGAAAUUAUUGACCGUGUCCCAAAAAUUGAUCCUGAUGAUACUUCUGGCCUAAAACCUCCUAAUGUCUAUGGAAGCAUUGAGCUCAAGAAUGUCGAUUUUUGUUAUCCAACACGCCCUGAGAUGAUGGUGUUGAGCAACUUCAGUCUUAAAGUCAAUGGAGGACAAACAGUGGCAGUUGUAGGUGUCUCAGGAUCUGGAAAGAGCACCAUAAUUUCCUUGAUUGAGAGAUUCUAUGAUCCUACCGCAGGCCAAGUUUUAUUGGACGGGAGGGAUUUGAAACUUUUUAACUUGAGAUGGUUGCGGAACCACAUGGGUCUCGUCCAACAGGAACCUAUCAUCUUUUCAACAACCAUUCGAGAAAAUAUUAUAUAUGCGAGGCACAAUGCGACGGAAGCAGAGAUGAAAGAAGCAGCAAGAAUUGCAAAUGCCCAUCAUUUCAUCAGCAGUCUACCUCAUGGUUAUGACACUCAUGUGGGCAUGAGAGGAGUCGAUCUGACUCCUGGUCAAAAGCAGAGAAUUGCCAUUGCUCGAGUUGUGCUAAAAAAUGCACCCAUAUUGUUACUGGAUGAGGCUAGCUCGUCAAUUGAGUCAGAAUCCAGCAGAGUGGUUCAAGAGGCUCUCGACACCUUAAUCAUGGGAAACAAGACGACCAUUCUCAUUGCACAUAGAGCAGCAAUGAUGAGGCAUGUCGAUAACAUUGUUGUUCUCAAUGGAGGCAAGAUUGUGGAACAAGGUACCCAUGAUUCUCUGGUGCAGAUGAAUGGUCUGUAUGUCCGGUUGAUGCAGCCUCACUUCAACAAGGGUCUUAGGCACAAUCGGUUAAUUUAGAGAGCUAAAUUUGAUGGUUAUGUAAAUUAUUCCAGUGUAAUUAUUGAGUUCUCUCUCACCCAUCACGGGCUAUCGGGGAUGUGAAAACCUACCCAGUGCCAAAAGAAAAUUCCUUCAUAGCGGUAGGGAUGUGCAUAUGGGUGAAGGAGAGCUGCUUGCGGGGUUUGUAACCAGGUUUAUUUAGGCAGUAGUUGGUAGUUAACAGUUUUCAGGAUUUAGCAUUUGUUGUUAAUUGUGGGGUUUGAGAGGGUGGAGGCUAUGCAUUCUUUUUGGAGGCUUGCAUUUUCUUCAUAGUGAUGUUGCCUCCUUAUUGUAUUUAAUUGUUAACUAAAAGGCUGAGAUGUGUUGUUGUGAAAUCAGUUGUUUGUUGCUGUUAUUGAGAGCAAGUGUUGUACUAGAA